CGAACCGCUAAUGUAUGCUGCUGCUAAAAUGGCCUGUAAAGAUGUCAAUGAUAAAGUCGGGUUGUUAGCUAGAUUUAUUACUGGGUUAUUCGUUCACACUAUUCUCUCGCUAUUUAGAACGAAAGGGUUGUUUUAGUAAUUUCACUACAAAGCAGGAAGUCGGAACUAUGAAAUGAGCAGCACAGUGGCUUACACUACAGUAGCCUCAUUGUGAUCAGCCACCAGGCGCCAUGGUGCUGAAGAUUUUCUUCCCGCGGUGCUGCAACUCGGCCGACAGUGGCCUCCUGGUGGGCCGCUGGCUCCCAGGGCAGGAGUCAGCCGUGGUGCUGGCUGUCAUCCACUACCCCUUCAUCCCGGGCCAGGUGAAGAGGUACCUGUGCGAGCUGCAGGCGCAGAGCCAGGUGGACCUGUCAGUGCUGGGGUCCUGGAGCAUGCCCAAGAAGGGCCAGGAGGGCAUGGAGAGCUUCCUGAAGGACCUGAGCACCAUCUUCCCCCAGGACCGCUGGCUCCAGGUCAGCCGGGGGGCGGGCAGUCGGGGCUUCGCUUGCCAGUUGGUGGAGAGGGACGGAGGCUCCGCCCAGGAUGGCGGAGACAGUGACAGGGUCAUCUUCGUCCAUUACGACCAGCGCAAGGUCAUGCUCUCCCAACUCCACCCGCUUGAGGGCGGGGACAGCGCCAACGGCACUGCCGAGCCGUCGGAGCUGCGCCUGUUCUUCCAGACGGUGGCCCGCAGCCAGCCGCUCUUCGCCACUGACCAGUACGACGAGGGGCCCCUCAAAGUCACACACUGGCAGUCAGAGGGCAGGGAGGCCAGCAUCAUCGUGGAGCUCAUGAAGCAGGCAUCCGUACCGCUGUGCGCCCUGCUCACCUGGCUGCUCUCCCUGUGGACGCGCCUGUGCCGCAUCAGCCUGUUCAACCUGUGGCCAGUGCGUUUCGUGACCAGCAAGCUCUCCACCUGUGUCCAGCUGAGUUACAGGACGGACCAUCUCCGGACAGUCAGCUCCACGAAAAAAGCCUCAGACCACAUGGGGUUCAUGAGGAAGGCCAACAUCUUUGUGUCCUUCUUCGUGGAUGUGGCUCUGGGGCUGCUCCUCAUCUCCUGGCUGUACAGGGCCAACCGAAUCAGUCGACUCGCAGAGAUACUCAUGCCGGCGGCUGACCAUGUUGCCAAAGAGCUCCAGGAGUUGCUGCAGUGGCUUAUGGGAGCGCCGGCAGGUCUUAAGAUGAACCGGGCUUUGGACCAGGUUCUUGGGCGGUUCUUCCUCUACCACAUACAUCUGUGGAUCAGCUACAUCCACCUGAUGUCCCCCUUCAUUGAGAGGAUCCUGUGGUAUGUGGGUUUGUCCGCGUGCCUGGGGUUGACCUUUGCCCUCUCGGUGCUGUCUGACAUCGUGGCUCUGCUCACCUUCCACAUCUACUGCUUCUACGUGUACGGAGCCAGGCUGUACUGCCUGAAGAUCUACGGGCUAUCCUCCCUCUGGCGCCUAUUUCGCGGCAAGAAGUGGAACGUCCUCCGGCAGCGCGUGGACUCCUGCUCCUACGACCUGGACCAGCUGUUCAUUGGAACAUUGCUCUUCACCAUCCUGCUGUUCCUGUUGCCCACAACGGCGCUGUAUUACCUUGUCUUUACUCUGCUCCGCCUGGUGGCAGUCCUGUUCCAGGGGGUGAUUCACCUCAGUGUGGACUUCAUCAACUCCUUCCCCCUGUUCGCCAUGGGCCUGCGGCUGUGCCGGCCCUACAGACUGGCAGAGGGUGUCAAAUUCAGGGUCCUAAGUGAGGAACCGGGCAAACCCCUGCACCUGAUGAUGGAGAUUAACCCUCUGAAGUACAGCUCAGUGCUGCAGUGGUACAGGACUCCCACCUACAGCUGCUACCCAAAGGACUCCUGGGUCGCCCUGUGCAAGAAGCUGUUUGUGGGGGAGCUCAUCUAUCCCUGGAAGCGCAAGGGCACCAAGAUAGACUGAGCCCUCUGGCCAGCAGACAGGGGGCACCAGACAAGCACAGACAAGCCAAACAAACACUAGGGCGGCUAACAAUGAAGGAGAGGUCAAGGGUCAUUAUUGUGAGUGUGUGUGUGGGUGUGGGAUGGGGGCUAAGCUUGCUUGCUUUUUUAGUAUUAAUAUAUGGAGCUGUCUGUAGCACUGUGGGGGAAAAGCUGGCAGAGGACCUCACAUAGAUUGGAGGCCACUUGCAUGGUUCAGGACCUCCUAGUGCAAUGAGAAUAUCUUUCUCAUCAGGCAUUUGUAGUACAAGAUUGCACUGUUUCAAGAAAACACACUGUCCUUUUUGCCCUCGU